CGCACGCUGAAACGGGCAGCAGCACGAGCUCGGAUAUAAUAUAGAGACUAUAGAGUUGACCUGCACUAAAUACAUCGUGUCCAUUGGCGGCACAUCUGUCAAGCCGCGAGACUGAAGCUCCUCCAGAUCAGGAAGUCGCAGCAGCAGUACUACAAGAGAAUCGGGACACAUGCACGAACAGGCUGCAUUUACAAGGAGACCCGAGGAAGAAGCUUCCCCUGCUCAGUGGCCAAAAUGAACAGAGUGCUCACUGCCGACGACGACAAGCGAUGGAAUUGGGGGCUAGCGCUUUGCUCACUGCCUUCGUGAUGACCGUGCCCACGCUCGUCGUCAUCCUCCUCGGCGGGAGCACUGCUGGCGCGCCGCUGGUCUAGGUUAGGACAGCCAUGGCCGGCUUUCGGCAAGGUCCGGACGAUUUCUCCUUCCCGUACACGAGCACGAGGACAGCGCACGACAGGCUCCACGGUUGCCUCUUGGCGGCAGGAUUUGACCAGGAGGCAUGCCACAGCCGGUACCAAUCGGCCAUGUAUCGCCGAAACCCGGGCAGGGGACCUAGCGAGCACCUCGUCUCCAAGCUGCGACGGCACGAAGCCCUGCAGAGGCGGUGCGGCCCCGGCACCGCAGCCUACUCCAGCGCGCUGGAGCAGCUCAAGUCCGGCAAGAACGCCGGCGAGUCCCCCGUGAAUCUAAAGUGCAGGUACCUGGUGUCCAUCUCGUACCGCGGGCUUGGGAACCGGAUCAUCGCCGCGGCGUCCGUGUUCCUGUACGCGCUCCUCACCGACCGUGUGCUCCUCGUCGACUCCAGCAACGAGAUGGGAGAGCUGUUCUGUGAGCCGUUUCCCGACACGACGUGGCUGCUGCCCUGGAGGAGCUUCCCGCUGUGGAACUUUAGCUCCGACACGCGCCCACAACGAAGAAACCACCACGACAUCCACCUCCCAUUUCCCCGCGCUCGGAUCGGCGGUAUGCCCCGCGCCAGCCCAGGCCGAGGCCCACCCCACGCGCUCGGCGCCUCUCGCCCAAGCCAUGGCUGGAGGUGUGCUGCCCCUGGCAGCGGGGCCCAGGAGCCAGCCCGCGUGCCAGCCCCUGUUUAUCUUCUCCAAGCUGCUAGGCCCGAGCCGCACGCGCCCAUAACGAAGAAACCGCCACGACAUCCACCUCCCAUUCCCUCGCGCUUGGAUCGGUGUAGCGUAUUCGUUGUUUCGGCAAGGCUUACCGGCUAGCCCAAGAUUCGUCUGUGUCCGCGGUCGCGCCGGUGUUCUGUCCUGCCGGAGCCGCCGAGCGCUGCCAUGUUCGCGUCAUUUGUGCUCGCUGCUCGCCUCACCAUUCGUCAUCAUCUCGAGGUUGUGACAUGGGAAUCGGAAAUGGCAGAACGCCACGGGUGGGGACAUGGGAAUCGGAAUGGCAGAACCAGGAAUGGCAGCCUACACCUUAUCGACUUAAUAGUACAAUGCUCCUGAUGAGUACAACGCAGUGUAUAAGUUUGCUUUGUACUGCUUAAGACCAUCUCUGGAAGGCGUUCAUAUUUUGACGAUGAUGUGCUCCUGUAUUUUCCUUUCUGAAUACCAAAUUCUUUAAUGUGUCCUCUUGUGUGGAAUCAAGUUCCUAAUUUAGCUAGAGCAAUACUUGAAAAGAGGAAUCACAAUUAGUUGUUUUUCAUGUGAUUGUAUAACAAUUUCUCGUAAAUGAAUAUAAUGCUGACUAAUUUACUGUUUGUGUGAA